AUGAUACUUUCAUACAUCUUAGUUUCACUUUUUGUAUUUACUAUUAAUGUCAAUGCCAAAUCUCGUCUGGUACACACGGAGGAUGGCCUCAUCUUCGGAGAGUCAUCAUACACUGUCAUAAAAUCAGUACCAUAUCUAUCGUUCAGAGGAAUCCCAUACGCUGAACCUCCAGUCGAUGACUUGAGAUUUCAGGCUCCUCAACCAAAACAACCGUGGAGAAAAAUAUUGUACGCAUUUUCGGACAAAGACCAAUGCAUCCAGUCAAACGAGAACAACAUCUCCGGUUCCGAGGACUGCCUCUACCUCAACGUUUACACACCUAAUCAAGCUUUUGAGACGAGCUUGAAACCGGUCAUAGUUUGGAUACAUGGUGGAGUUUUCGCCCGAGGUAACGCAAGCAAAGCCCUUUACGGGCCAGAUUUCCUCAUCGAAGCAGAUGUCGUUGUCGUUACCAUACAAUACCGGCUGGGAGCAUUAGGCUUCAUGAACAUCAAUCACCCAAGCGUUUCCGGAAACAAUGGCCUUAAAGAUCAAAACUUGGCUUUAAAAUGGGUCCAGAAGAACAUCCAUCACUUUGGAGGUGACCCGAACAAAGUAACGCUCAUGGGCCAACAAGCGGGAGGAGUGGCGGUCGAUCUCCACAAGAUAUCGAACAUGUCCACUGGACUGUUCCAGCAAACAAUUUCAUUGAGCGCAUCUCCUCUUUGCAAAUACUGGGGUUUCCAAAAUCGCGCCGAGGCCCGCACGCAAGCUUUCUUACUGGGUAAACUGCUUGGCAUCGAAGCAGACGACGAGGAGGAAUUGAUAGGGUUUUUGAAGAACGUUGCUGCUUACGAAAUUGUCAAAAAAGCCAGUAAAUUACCACUGAUUCCCUUCAGACCGACGUUGGAGAAAGCCGAUGUUGCUGUGGACGAACCAAAGUUUAUAACAGAGUGUGCGCCAAAACUGUACCACGAAGGGCACUACAACAAAGGCCCCCACAUGAUGGGUUUCACGCCCAAUGACAUAUUACUUCUGGUUCAAUCGUCGGACGAUUUGAUGCAGUACCACAAAGAGGCUGUGAAAUCGAUAAACAACAAUGACAUGCUGAAUUCUAUUUCGUUCGUCCCGAAGGUAAUAACCGCACCUCUUGAAAAAACCAUAGGAUUGGAAAAAAUGGCUUUCAACAAAUUGAUUGAGGAAUUGUCGGACAUUUAUUUCGUAACGGGAAUCGACAUGAAGCAAAAGUUGCUCAACGAACACAAUGACGCGCCGAUUUACUAUUAUCGUUAUCUGUUCAAAUCGUCACAAUACAGCGACAAAUCUGGAGACUGGAAGAAUUGGAAUGAAAUCGCAUAUGAAGAUAUAUUGAACCACAUUUUCUACAAACUUAAUGUGGAAAUUGAACUCAAUAACCCGAAGAUCACAAUCAUGCGGGAAAAACUUGUGAAAUUGUUCACGAACUUUGCCAAAUACGGCAAUCCCACGCCAAUUGGUGAGAGAGACAUGUUCUUGGGGAUCACAUGGCCUGACUCUGGUAGCGAGGGAGCCCACUUGGACAUCAAUGACGACACGACUCUUACUCUAGGCGAUCGUCCAAUAAACGAACUCAUCGAAGUGUACCAAAAAUUGUGUUUUGAUGACUUUCUUUACAGCGACUGCAACUCCAGCGUGCUGAGCGACAUAUUCAAGUACAUAACAAGUAUCCCUGGUAGAACUAUCUCAACGAUUUCGAAUGUCAAAGACAAAUUCAAGGAAAAAAUAACAAACACUAUUUCAAGCGCUAUAAAAAAAAUUCCAGUGAUCGGAUAG